UACCAGUCAAGACAGCAUAGUUGCAGCAUCUGGAGGAUCGUCCGAGACAGCAGACAACCCUCAACAUGUCCUCCACGGCAUCGGAUGCUGUCCACACCACUGCUGUAGGAGACGGCGUGGGAGACAGACAGCCCAGAGUACGCAAGGUGGCAGCAGGACCACCACUUCCUGUAUAUAAAGGUUUCGCGGAGGUUCACACCGACCCCCGGUUUCAAAUGGUGGUGAGGAGCAAGUCCCCUGUCCCGCGGAAAAAACCCAAAACGACAGUUGGAAAGCUCCAGCGGAAAGUGUCUGCUGAUACACACAACGAUGGCACCAGCUCCAGUGAGAAGCCAAAGAGACUGAGAGUUGUGGCCCCUGAGAAAGAGACUUCUCAGCCUGGUGCUAAAGGUAUCAUCACAACAUCGUCAUGGCGGGCGGGGCAGCAGCUCAUUCUCCAGACACUUGGACCGGCCAAGACAACCAAGAAGUCUUCCCAGGGCAAGAAGUCAGAUAAUGUCAACUCAACAGAUGACAAUAAGAAUGAGGAUGUACGUCGCCCUGAUGGUGCUGAGACACACAACCUUUUCUCCUCGGGCAACAGAGAGGGUGCAGUGGGAGGCAACUCCGUCUCCAGGACAACCAAGUCUCUCCCCGAUGAUGCAAAACGGAUACUGGAUGACCUUCAGCUAGAUGGUGAUGGCGUGGAUGGUGGACACACGAGGUAUAGGAGGCAGGCUGUCAAGAGGAAAGCCCUGAAGCCUUCUGAGCCAGAGAAGCAGCUGUCUGCUGCCUCAAAACAGCGUCACUAUGACCAGAGCAAGGUGCGCAAGUUCAUCGCGAAACAGAAGGCAGAGGCAGAGCGAUUGCGUCAAAAGAAGGAAGAGGACCGAGCACAUCGGGCUGAACAGGAGAAGAGACAGCGCCACCUAGCGGAGCUGUACAGCAAACAGAAGCCAAAGGACCAGCCGCCCCAACCACAGCCACGUGCUAAGACACGGGGGAGGAGGUCUGGAGGAGAGGAUGACCCACUACGUCGUGAUCAUCGGACUGUGGGAUUAAACCUAGACUCUGACAAGGAGAAUGCAGUUGGUGGAGCAGGUAUGGAGAUGGACGAUGACGACUCCACCCUGACGGAGGGGACUGAAGAGGACGUUACACCGACAGGCACGCCCCGAGACAGACGAGAUCCAGAGGUUCCUCACCAGUUCCACACAGCUCAGCCAGCUCCUGUCACAGUCGGAGGGCAGAAACUCAACCUUGAUGUAGCUGCUGUCCUGUCUAAAUUCUCUGAGGUCAUCAAUCGAAAAAAGGAUCUAGGUGGCGCCACCUACCAGCAACCCAACCUUGAACACUCACAUCGAAGCCAGGCUGACCGUAUCCGGGCAGUGAAGGAGACUUCAGCUACGUUACAGAACAAGCUGGUCGUGUCUCGCAACAUUAUGGAAGCUGCAAACCGUGGCUUGGAUGUUAAUGCAGUGCCACGCUAUGACAGGAUCAUUGGGUCACGUGAUGAUUACCACGUGUUUGACAGAAAUCUUCCAGGAUCUCGCCUUGUGCCAGGUGAGAGGGAUGCAAACGAGGCUGCGACCCGAAUCCAGGCAGCGUACAGAGGUCAUACGGUACGCCAGAGCAUGAACUGGCCACUUCCCUCGGGUACAACUCUCGGUGAACGAUUCAGGACGGGGGAAAUGAUCGGGGAUAUUGAUGCCCUAGAAGAGUCUUCCAUCACUGAAACCUCAACCUUCAGCGACAUCACAAUAACUGAAGAUUCCGAGAACGAAGUCCAUGAACUCCCGCCCUGGACAGAUGUUGAGCAUGUGCGUGGUGGGGCUAGCGACCAUCACCUUCGAACUACUGCCUUCAAGCCUACCAGCAAGUAUGUCUGGGAGGAACCACGAGGAGACCCACUGUCAAUCAUCAACGUCUACCAGCGCAAGAUGAAGAGCAUGGGCAGGGAGAAUGAUCGACUGGCUCCAGCACCCAGUUUUCCAAGGGAUAGUGCAAUGAAUUCUCAAGAGGCUAGGCAGUUAACCAAUCAGGGAACAUUACCACAGACAUCGUCCAAUCAAGGAACAGCAUCAAGGCUAUCCAAUCAGCAGUCAGCAUCAAGGUCUUCCAUCGGUCAACAACCAGCGUCCCGACUGACUGAGUCUGCCUCUGUGGUCAGUGAGCAGAUGGGGUUGACAUCGGGGAAGGGCGAGGUGCACACACAACCUAAGUCACGGGACCCGGUCAGAGUCCCAGACAAACAAAGUUCCACCCGAGUUGAUGAUGUGAGUCGCAGGUCUCAGCCAGUGGAGAUGUCCCAAGCUGACAGCAGACACAGCAGGCGGGACCCAGCCAGUUUUCGGCCUGUUCGAGAAAGCAUCACUGAUGAAUCUUGCAUCCAGUCCUUCGAUGAGGAGGAUGAAGACAGGACUCCAACAGCCUCCAGACCCAACUCCAGGCCUGGACUUUCACACAACAGUGUCAAGAUGUCGGAGGACUCAGGUCAGGAUUCUGAUGCUUCAUUGGUCAGUAAUGAGGAAACGCUGAGGUCAAGGUUAUCCAGGCAUGAGUUACCUCCCCCUGGAGCUGAGAGCCGCGAGCCUGGACGCUUCUCCCCAAGCACUCUGGAGCAGAAGAUGUAUGCAGAGCUGAAUCGUCUUGAAAGUAUGGAAGUGACACUGCAUCAGCUGACCAGUGUUGACCGCACACGUGCUGUCUCCAUGGCCCAGCAGGAAACUGUAUCCCUGGCGCAGAUGCUGAAAGCCAGACAACAAACACACGAGCACGAUAUGCGUCAGCUCAAACUCCAGGCUCAGAAAGAGGCCUAUGAGGCCAACCAGCAACUUGAAGAGACCCAGAAAGCAGGGUCAGGUGCAGCAGGAGGGGCAGUGCCCCGGCUGAGUCGUGAGGAGAUACAGACACUGAAGAAAGAGGCCAUUCGGGCAGCAGCAGAAGCAUGGAACCUUGGUCCCUCCGACAAUAACAGACGUCAAGGACGGAAAGACAAAUCCAGUUCUCGGGACGCAGUGUCAAGGUCAAGGGGUCAGAGUCAGAGAUCGACACUGAUGUGUGUCAGCAAGUCAUAUGUCCGACCAUCAAGGAGUUCCGUGUCGGAGAGUGUGAGAACAGCUAAAGACUCUCAGCAGGACACCGACAGUGACAGCAUCCGCACCGCCAGUGAUGCUGAAGGCCGGGGACGUGUCCAAGAUGAGCAUCAAGGAGGACAUCAGAGUUUGUAUGUUUCAAUCAUUUUGAUUUUGAUUUUACCAUGUAUCUGUUCAACAGAUGAGGACUACACAAUGUCUUUUGAUGAGUCCAUGACAGAAGAUGAAUCCUUCAGACAAGUACUGCCCUCAGAAUCUCACGAAAAGAGGUCAAGCGUCGUCAUGCCGACUCAUCAGUUUUAUGGCAGUCGUCUUGCCAUCGGAGACUUGACAUCGUUGUUCGUGGGAGAGGACAACUUCAGCAAGUUCACGGCGGAGAUGGUGCGUCAGAUUAUGCGUGAGGAGGAGCUGCGUGCACAGCACCAGGCGGCACUGCUGCGACUGCGGGAGAAGGCCCUGAAGGAGAAGACAAAGGCGGAGCUGGCGUGGAUCAAGCAGCAGAAACAGUUGCGGCACCGAGGUCAUGAUGACAAGUACCCCGAGAUCCACAAACAGGAGCAGUCGAUUCUCCGGCGACAGAAGGAGCAGCAGGAGGAAAUUCGCCGCCUUCAGGAAGCCAACAAGUUGGCGAGUCGGGAACGACAGUGUCUCCUCCAGCAGCAUGAAGAAAUUGCAAAAAUGAGACAGUCAACCAAAAAGACUCUAGGGCAUCUGAGGCCGAAAGGUCGACUACAUCGGCCAGUGGAGGUUCAUACAGAGGAUGAAGUCAGUGCACUGGAUGAUGCAUCAGACGUCAGUGAAGAUAUGUCACAACUGAAAGACUACAAGUCAGACUCAGAAGUGUAUGGGAAGGAGACGAAAACCAGACGCAGAGCAAAGGGAGAUAAGCAGAAGAUAGACAAGCAGAUGAAGAACAGGCUGGACCAGAAGUACUUGACGUCUCGGGAGCAGAAGCUUCACAAUCGCCGGCGGAAUGCGGAGGAGUUGUUGGCAUGGAAACAGCGGCUGGAUGAAGAGGAACAGGAGGUGUUCACACUGGAAAAACAGGCGCUGUCUGUCUGGGGUGAUGAACGGGCACCACCAGGUGGCGCUGCUGGCAAACAGGACCGACCUCCAUCCAGGAGGGGCAGACCAAGGUCGUCUCAGCAAGAGGACACAACUUCGAAGAAAGUAGUUUCCAAGGAAGCAGGUGCUGCUCAUCGAGAUGAAACAACUAUCUCGGAACAGUUGAGUACUGCUAGAGACGAGACUGGAUCGAGGGCACGCGGUACCUCCUAUACCCAGAAAUCUGAUGCCAUCUCCACACAAAUUAGUGCAACACGCACUGAGAGAUCAGAGAAGAGGUCGAGGGGCGAGAGGUCAAGGUCACCAGCAGCUAGUGGAAGUGAAGGAUCAAUACCGGAAGAGAUUCCUGCACGGUCUGACGAGGGAUCCACAUCCAGUCCAGAGAAGAAUGAUGACACGAUAGUUCAAAUCCAAGCCUCGGUGGUGGAUGACUACAACAAUGAUAUUGCUUUGAGCAGGACACCACUCUUGACCCCCAGCAGGAAGAAGUCCCUCGGUGGUGGAUGGUUCCUCCCGCAGGGCAGUUCCCCUCUCCCCUCCCCACCCUGGUCCAGGAAGGGAGGGUCAGAGAGUGAAUCAGAGGACUCUAUCUCUCACACAGGUAAACACACAGAGACCCUGUCUGAUGCAAGCGACUAUGAAGUUAGGAUUCGGCAGCUGAGUGACGAGGUACGGAGGCGAAGGAGGGAGGUGGACAUUCUCAAGAAGGACCGGAAGAAGAAGGCCAAGGAACGGAUGAGGGCUCAGGAGGAUUCGCUCAAGAAGCAGAUAGAGGCAUACGACAACUACAUCACGCAGCUGCGACAUGACCAGAUUGAUCUUGAACAUGAUGCUGUCAAGGCAACAGUCAAGCCUCAGAUAAAGCAUCCCAGAGUCACAACAGGGAAAUCACCUGGGAAGGGAAGACAGCAAGAUGUGUCUCCCAGCAAGAGGACACCAGAUGGUGAACAUAACCACUCCUCCAGCUUCGAGGACACUCGGGAUGGCACAGAGUCCAGCCACACCUCACCAUCACUGUCAGACAGCAGGGAUCUGAAGCUGUCUCCAGUUCAGGAGGACAAACCAGGGAAGAAGAAGUCUCCUUUCCUCGACCGCAUCUCCGAAGGCAGUGAAUCCGACAAGUCUGGAGCAUCAGGAAAGAAGGCAGGACCAGGUCCACGUGACAAGUCUGAGUCUAGUGUAUCGGAAGUCAUUGAAGAGUUAUCCAAUGUAGAGGACAGUGUUGUGUCAGAGAGAACUGUGUCCGGCUUGAUCCAGAUCAAAACUGACCUGCCUGCUCUGGCUGACUCACACAGCAAACAGAGUCUCCAUGACGACGACCCAUCCUACAGUAUGACCUUCACAGAUGCUGUGUCCGUGAGCCAGGACAAUUCUAAACUACCUCUAAGUGUCCACAGUCGCUUGGAUGUGCCUGACCAGACUGUUGGGACAAAAGACAGGUCUGAAGUGUCGGUGUCCGAGCAGUUGGAGGAAGCCCUGUCUCUUAGAUCAGAACAGUCAACAUCAGUGCCCUUAAAGAUAGAUCUGAACAAAGACUCAAGUGUCAAAGCAGGAAACAAAGCCAGUGAAAAAUCCUACACAACAGGAAUACCGGAAUCCGACAGUGAGAAUGAAACAAAAUCUCAUCACACAUUAUCCUAUUCUACCACAAAAUCUGAGGGCACUGCAUCUCGCCCAUCUAGUGAGAAGUCUGUGGCCAGUACAAAUUACAGUCAGGACUUUGAAGAGGAAGAUCUGUCUGAGUCAGAGAGGACACCUGUUCAGUCUGUUCCAGCUCCAGCUUCAGCUCUGCCCAGCAUCAAAUCUGGUGGUGGCAGAACUGAGGAGGAGGUCAGUGAGGUCAUCUCCGCCAGUCUUCCGUCCAUCUCGGAGAAGAAGGCAUACAAUAGGCAGGACACUUGGGACAACGCACUGCUGGCUGACGUCCUGGGAGGACUGGAUGAUCUGGAAGAUGACGAAGACAAGACACCCACUGAGACUCCACGUGAAGGAUCACCACCUCCACUUGGCCAGGAGGAAAACAGUGCUCUUCUGAUGACAGAUCCAUUAGCUGACUUUAACCUUGGAGACAAAGUACUGGUGUGGGGAAGGAAGAAAGGGACAUUGUUGUAUAAAGGCAAGGUGGAUUUCGCUCCGGGAAUUUGGGCUGGGGUGGAGUUGGAAAAGCCAGAGGGUGAUAUGAAUGGCACAUCAGGGGGAAGAGAAUAUUUCUCAUGCCGUUCCCAGUAUGGUGUGCUUGUUCAUGGAAGUGAUAUAUCUCCCCAGAUUGAGAUAGAUGAGAACUUGAUGAAUGAUGUUAAAAGUCCAGAUGAUUCGGUCACAGAUGUUUCCGCUGCAACUGAAACAGAACUUGAAAAGGAGAUCCUUAAUGCUGCCGAGAAUGUUGAGUCCUUUGUCACAACACCGCCACAGUCGCCAGGUGUAAAGAAGAAACGUGAUGUCAACAGUCUGGCUGAUGACAUCACAGACCAUCUUGCAAUGUCAAUAGUGAAGGAUUCAAUGGAGACUAUGGGAACCAUUGCCGCCAAACAUGCUCCUCCAGAAAAGAAGAUUCCUCCUGCCACACUGCCAAAACCAAAACUCCAGCAGCAGACCGUCACCGCUGUCAUAGAGAAAGUUCCUGAUCAAACCACAGAGACAAUAAAGCCAUCUUCUCCAAAGGACGUCAGCGCAGACAAGGCCACCGACAGUGUCAUGGACAGUAUGUUGAAUGAAGCUAUCUCACAGAUGGUGUCCAUCAGAAACAAGCAGCGGAGUCGGACAGAUGGGGAUAGAGAUGCCUCAACUGGCCAGGUCAAUGGUCAUCUGUCAUCCGAUGAACUUGACUCCCUAUCAGCUGGAGGGCUUCUGAAUAGUGGAAGGGAACAAAAGCCGGACAUCCUGGUUCUUGAUGAUGGUGCUGAUCUCAUUCAAAGGCCUGAGUCACCCAUGCCUGGAGAGCAUGGCCUUGAGGACCUGGACCAGGAUAUUUCCGGCUUGCUGGGGAUGGAGGAAAACGAAUACUUUGAUGACGACAUGGGUCUUGUGAAGAUGGGGAAACCUCCCCCUCCUUAUCCUGGCGGACCAGAUCAGGGUAGAGGGGGUGAGGCAUCUGCAGCUCCACCUGUGCCGGAGGAGGUAGUGUUUGCUGUCCCUCACCAACAGGAUGAAGUGGAGUCCAUUGUCUCCAGCGCCAUCGAUGUGUACUGGAACUGUCGCCGAUGUGGUGAACCCAUGGAUAAUGUGGAGCCUCCUGAAGAAUACUUCAAGUCAGCUGAGAACGGGCGGGAUAUGGCCAGUCAUAGCAGACGUGUGUUUAAGCAACUUUUGUUUGAUUUGACAGGGGAGAUAAUCCAGGAGAUAUAUAAGGAUGAGCAUGAAGCAGACCCUCCUGCAUGGCAGAAACCUAGAAAGAAACAAACGAAAUAUUACAAAGGGUUGUCACCUCCCACGACUGUUGACCGUCUGCGACCAAUUGUUCAGAGUGCAGUUAGUGAAAUCAUGGGUAUUAAUGGAACUCGGAAUUCAGAUAGGGCAGUUAAUAAGUGGAAUAUUCGAAAGAAACGUGAUCACGUGGACAAUGUACUUGUGCAGGAGCUCCGUGCCGAGGAGCCCAGUUGGGUGAACUAUGACGCAGAUGAAAUGUCAGUAAAGAAUCAUCUGACCGAUGUCAUUAUGGAAACUCUGCUGACAGACACUGUACAUACACUGAACAAGAUCUUCCAGAAGCGACACUACAGGUCACAGCAGAGCUAGACAUGGUGGUCAAACUUAGAAUGUCAAAUUCCAAGGAGGUGGACAAAGUUGCAGCUGAGCUAAACUGCAUGACUCUUAUCAUUGUCAAUGGAUCCAAAAUCUGCAGGACUGACAGGACCUACAUAAUAUGGAUCCACUUACUAGAUCUUGAUUCUCAAACAACCUCAAUCUGUGAUAAUUAUGUUGUGAGAGUCGAGCUGGGAAUGAACAAGCAGUGAUCUGUUUGAUCCCAUGAUGAGUUUGUCUGCAAACAAAAUGGUUGCUGCAGCAACUAAUAAGCCCAGAAUCAGGACAGUGUUGCCAGGGAAACAACUUGCCUGAAUAAUGAUGCUAUAUUGGCAAACUAUCAAGCAAAGAUGUAUAUUUCAACUUGCCCAAAGGACACUUUAAUAGCUCAGAUUAUUUUGGCGAGUAAUGUUCCCUGAUUGCCAUUGGAUACGUCACUGUAUGUGUGACUUGAUAUGCUGAGUUAGGGCUGGUAGCCCGCAGCACACAGUUUAGUUCCUGGACAUGUAACAGGAUGUGGACCUGUAUGACAAGUAAGGGUUUGUUACGACCCUUAUUCUCUUCCUCUGUGAUGCAUUUGUGUAGCCCUGGCUAGCUGCUUACAUUUCUUGUACAUAGCUUCUUAUUUAUUGUCAACUGGACACCACUGGCAAUGAGGAGGCUGGAGUGUGAUAUAUGAUGUAUCUGCCAUGGUAUACUGCUUGUAUUCGGGUAGACAAGUGUGAUGAAGGCUAGUAGCAGAUGACUGUAUGUGUGUGUAUCCUGUUGGAAUCAGCAUGCUUCAGCUGCACAUGUUUGAGGGGGCAAGACUUGAAGGAUGUUCAUGGAUAACUGCCUCCAACACUUGUUCCAGGAAGUAAACACCAGGAUGAAUUUUAGGAGUGAAAAUGUUCCAUAGGAUUCAGGAUAUGUUCAGGACUAGGAAAGAAAUCAUGUACAAUAUACCAGCCAUUGACAGGCAUAUCUUUGUUGGGUGUUAUAUCAUGGUGAUAUCACCAUGGAGUGAUGAUCUGACAUCAAUCUUGGAGACUCAUGUGAGACAGUGCAGUGUUGUCCAGACUCUCAGAUGUUUAGACUGUAGGGUUGAGUGGUCAAUCACAUCAAGCUUCCACAGUGGCUGAUUAGCUGUGUUUGUUACGGCCAGUGUACAUCAUGCAAGUCCAUCUAUAGACUUCGGAGUCAUCGAAAAUGUUGUUUUUGUGUUAC